CUCAGGUAGUCGAUAUAUUGUUCCAAGUUGUUUACUGCUGGCGAUGACGAUUACUUAUGCCUGAGGCAUACAGUUGCUGCCUUGUUGCCUUGGGUCAUUCUUUCCUCCGCGUUACUCCAUCCAAACUCCGCACUUUGCCUUCUUCCCUUCCUUCCUUCCGUCCUUCCUUCAAUCAAUCAUACGAAUGAACAUCCCUCUUCUAGACCUUCUCACCUGCACUGAGUCUUCAAUUCCUGCUAUCUCAGUCAAUUGAGUCCCCCCGGCGAAAAUGCCGGUUUCCCUCCGUGCCCCCCAGGCCCGAGUGCUCCUCCGCUCACGACCGCCGACCACCUCCCUGAGCCGCAGCAGCAGCAGCAUCACAUCUCUCCUUCUCCUCCGCCACCAGCACCAGCUCAACAAAUCCGACUACCGCCAUUCCUUCUCCACCACAUCCACCACCUCUUCCAAAUCCCCGACCUCACUUCCCCAAUCGCUCUCCCCCACCACCAACCACUCCCUCUCCACCAACAUCAACCCGCCCGCGAGCACCCGCCCAGCAGACCUCACCCUCCCCACGGCCCUCAGCCCCUCGGCCUCGCCCGCGGACAAACUCAAGCACUACCUGGCCGUCGGCCGCGCCUACCUGACCUUCUACAAGACGGGCCUCAAGAAUGUCUACCACAACCACCGCGCCGCGGUGCCCCUCCGCCGCGCCCUGGGCGUGCCCGCCCAUCUCCCGACCUCCGCCUAUCUGGUCGUGACGAAAGAGUCCCUGGUGGCGAGCAAGGGUAACGCCAAUGUUUCGACGACGAUGACGACAACAACAACAGCAAAAACCGCCAAGAACAACAGCAGCAACAACAACAACAACAACAACAACAAGAAGAACAACAACAACAACAGGCCCGCAGCCAUCUCGCGCUCUAGCUUCCAGCUCCUCCAUCGCGCCGCCUACGACAUCCGUCGCAUGAUCCCCUUCACCCUCCUCCUCAUCGUCUGCGGCGAGUUCACGCCUCUCGUCGUCCUGGCGCUGGGCAAUGCCGUCACCCCGCGCACGUGUCGUGUUCCCCGCCAGCUGGAGAAGGAGCGCGCGAAACGCGUGCAGCGGAAGAAGGGGGCGCUGCUCCUCGAUCGCGGGACGGUUACGGCGCCGGAGGUCGGCAGUGAGAAGGAGAUGAAGAGCCUGAGGUGGUUGAUGGCCGCGAGUGGAGACGGGGACCGGGAGGCGGCCGCUCGCGCGUGUGCCGUGUUCGGCUUGGCCGGGUCGCAUGAUCGCCUGGCGUGGCCGGUGCUCCCGCUGUAUCGACGGCGCUUAGAGCGGUAUCUCGAUUACCUGGAGAUGGAUGACGAGCUGAUCCGGAGGGGUGGCGGAGUUCAGGCCAUGGAAGCCGCCGAGGUCCGCAUUGCGGUGGAGGAACGCGGCGGAGUUGGGGUCGGUUCUCGGGGCAAUGGGCGAACCGGAUGGGAGGUGGAACGCGAGGAGAGACGAUGGUUGGAGAGGUGGUUGCAAUGGAGGGAUUGAGUAGUUCCUCGAUUCAUGUAGACUCCAUCACUUCAUAUACAAGACUAGGUAGGUACUGUGACGUAUAUUGGGUAUGUAUAGUAGUAUGUAUCCUAUGUAAAGCUUCCUCG